AUGACGGAAUUCACAAGCACAGAACGUUUGGAUUUCCUGUUGGAGAUGGCUCUGACCAUUCAUGAGGGCAUUGUCGAGCAUCUCGAGGGCAAUGAUGAGCUUGAUAACCAGCUCAUUACCCGCCUCAAAGAGGCGGACCACUUCAUCGUGGUAAAGAAAGCAUUACAAGGUCAUCUCGUCGACCACGCUAGCAAUACCGACAGUGACAACAAACCCGCUCCGGCUGACACCACCCCGCCGAGCAGCCACUAUUCACAUUCAACCGCGACGCCCAGCCCUCAAACCCCUUCUUCCCCUUCGCUUUUCUUCUCUUCGCCUGAGCCGCAUGGCACUCCAACUUCAACGCCUGCACGACGAAAGGCCACACGUCGGAUCCCAGGAGAAACCCAAGGCUCCAAGGCUCUCCGUAAGAUGCGGCGGUCGGUACCCUAUGCAAGCUGGGUUGACAAGCCCAAAUCAUUCAAUUAACGCGGAUGGCGAUUGGAGAGUGAGGUGCAUUGUAAUGAGGUUUGGUGUUGGCGCAAGUAUUAGAAUCGGGAAGGGGUAAUAGAGGUUGCAUGAGUUUACAGAUACCUAAGUUAGAUCUCAUUAGCGUUGGACAUUCUCACUCUCAUUACAGCGUUUAUAGUGGUCUUAUAGCCAAGCAAUACAGUCAUUCCCGAG